GUAAUGUUGUGUGUCGUUUGGAGUUUCCUUUGCCCGAUAAUUUGACGAUUUUUCACCCUUUUCGAGUGCAAUGAGUGAAUUUGUCAGACCCGAAAUAUAACACUGGAUAAUUCCUUGACUCGAGACAAAAAGAAAAAGUUUCAGAGAUUUUAUACCGAGCAUAAUGUCUCAACUAGGCAACUAUUAUCAAACAAACCCGGAUGCGGAUUCUACACUAAAAAGUGGACCACCACCUGUCCUAAAUGGUCAGCCCAGUGCCAUUCAGCCUCCACAAAACGGCGGUCAAUUUUAUUCUGGUACUACUCCCUCUUCACAAUCAUCACGAGACCCUUCGAGAGAUGCAUCUCGGGAUGGAUCUCCAACCCAAUAUCUGCGAAAUCCAGGUCUACAAUCUCAAUGGAGACCCCAAAUGCCGCCAAUCAAUGGGAAACAGCCCUCCCCGCAAAAUCCAAGUCCAAUUUCACAUUCUCGAGUUCCUCAAAACCAACCAAGUCCAGUUCCUCCUCUUCAGUUCCAAAAUCCUUCCUCACUUCCCGGCGGCAUUCCAGCCGCGACUGGAGGAAUGACAAUUGCAGGAGCUCAAGUUCCGAUUAAUUCACAAUCGGCAUUCCAAAAAGGCGCGAUGUCAGUUUCAAAUCCGGUAACUUUGGAAAGCAAACCGAAAACGGAACCCUUCUUUUCCUCAAGAUUCCCUGAUAGCGAUAGUUCCAGUCAAAAGAUUCAAGGUCAAACUAAUCAUCUGCCGACUCUGAGUCCUUCGAAUCAGAGCCAACCAAAUAUUCCGACUCCAUCAGAUCCGAAACCAAUUUCCAAUCCUGUUGCUCUCCAAAGUCAGAAUUUCCAAAAUCAGAAUUACCAGCAGUCGAAUCCGAAUUAUCAGCCGAACCAAAGUAGCAAUCAGAAUUUCCAAAAUCCGCAAUCGAUUCCGCGACCUCCAGCGGAUUUCGGAACGAAUCCACCAAAUCCGGGCGGUCAAUCCUUUCACAAUAAAAUGGGAUCGCAGAAUUUCUUCAGUAAUCAGAAUCCACCUCCGAUGCAGAAUUUGAGUUCUGCGCAAAUGUUUGCGAAUGCUCAGCCAAUACAGAAAAUGGGUCCGGGUUCUAGUCCGAGGUUUGCUCCUCCAAUCGGAAAUCAGUAUGGAAUUCCACCUCCAAUUCAGAAUAUUCCAAAUAUUCCAAAUGUUCCGAAUAUUCCAAAGGUGCAAAAUCUGCCAGCAGGCGGACAGAAUGUUCCGAAUCUGCAGAAUGUAAACAAUCCUCGGCCGAGUGUUUUGGGUGGAGAGAGUACUAAUUUUUUGGCUGGAUCGGCGCCACCACAGGGACAAAAUUUGUACAGUGCACAACAAAAUUUAGCUAGUCAGGCGAACAAGUAUCCACCGAAUCCUCACGGAGCUGCUCAAUUAACGUAUACUAAUCUCGCGGGACCGCCUUUGACGAAUCAGCAGAAGCCGCCGAUGACCAAUUUUCAAGCGGGGGCGCACCAGAAACCUUUGAGUGGAAUGCAGCCACCUGUGCAACAACAAAAUCCAUAUGAUACGAGACCGCCAUAUCCUGGACAAAUGUCCAACGUUCCCCUGGAUAACAUGAAUAAAAGAUAUCCAACAGCUUAUCCAGAUCAAAUGAAUCAAGUCAAUAAUCAAAUGAGCGGCUUGAACGUCACGCAAGCUGGUUUUAACAAAUUAUGGGGGAUGGAAUCGGUGGAUCUUCUGCAAUGCAGAAAUAUUUUACCUCCAGAGAAAAUUGAGCCGCCGAGAAUAAAAUUACAGCAGGAAUUUCUGGAUCAAGUCAACUGUAGUCCCGAUAUUUUUCGGUGUACAUUAACAAAAAUACCAGAAUCGAAUUCCCUACUGCAAAAGUCAAGACUGCCACUGGGUGUUUUGAUUCAUCCAUUCAAAGAUUUAUACCAUUUAGCAGUAAUUCAAUGCAGCACUAUUGUUCGCUGUCGAUCUUGUAGAACCUACAUCAACCCUUUUGUCUACUUUGUGGACUCGAAAAGAUGGAAAUGCAAUUUAUGCUACAGGGUAAACGAACUUCCGGAUGAAUUCCAAUUUGAUCCAGCCACCAAAUCGUACGGCGAUCCUUCUCGUAGACCGGAAGUUAAAACCAGCACGAUCGAAUUUAUCGCUCCCAGCGAAUAUAUGCUCCGUCCGCCGCAGCCUGCUGUUUACCUUUUCGUUUUUGACGUCUCGAGACUCGCCGUCGAAAGUGGAUAUUUGUCGAUUGUUUGCAAAACAAUUGGGGAAGAACUUUCGAAAAUGCCGGGCGAUGGGAGAAUGCAAGUUGGUUUUAUCGCUGUUGACUCUGGGAUACAUUUUUUCAGUAUGCCGGAUGGUGUCUCACAGCCCCAUGAAAUGAUCAUGCUCGAUGUUGAAGACGUUUUUCUACCCUGUCCUGAGAAUCUGAUAGUGAAUUUGAAAGAAAGAGAAGUCCUCGUUCGAGAUUUACUCGAGCAAUUGCCCACGAAAUUUGAAGGAACGCACGACAUCCAGAGUGCGUUAGGAGCCGGAUUGCAGGCAGCUUAUAAACUUAUGGCCCCAACCGGAGGUCGCAUAGCCGUUUUCCAAACUUGCCUUCCCAAUCUGGGACCAGGUGCUUUACAGUCGAGGGAAGACCCGAACACGCGAACGAGCAAAGACGUUCCUCACCUAAAUCCCGUCACAGACUUUUACAAACGGAUCGCCCUCGAUUGCAGCAGUCAGCAAAUAGCCGUUGAUUUGUUCCUCCUAAAUUGCCAGUAUAGCGAUUUAGCCACUCUCUCCGGCAUGUGUAAAUUUUCCGGAGGUUGUAUAUACCAUCUUCCGCUUUUCCGAAGUUCAAAGCCGCAAUUUGGCGAAACGCUCGACCGAAUGUUGCGACGCUAUUUAACGAGGAAAAUAGGAUUCGAGGCUGUGAUGAGAAUUCGUUGCACCCGAGGAUUAGGCAUUCACACGUUCCAUGGGAAUUUCUUCGUGAGGUCGACUGAUUUACUCACUCUGCCGAAUGUCAAUCCAGAUGCGGGAUUCGGAAUGCAAGUUUCGAUCGAUGAAAAUCUGUCGGACGUUCAGAACAUCUGUUUCCAAGCUGCCUUGCUCUACACUUCUAGCAAAGGAGAGAGAAGAAUACGAGUUCACACGCUUUGUCUGCCAGUGACGAAUAGUCUGACGGAUAUUUUAUACUCGGCAGAUUCACAAUGUAUUAUAGGACUUCUUUCGAAAAUGGCGGUAGACAGAUCGUUGCAGUCUUCUUUGUCGGAUGCGAGAGACGCUCUUAUAAAUGCUGCGAUCGAUAUGCUGUCGGCAUAUAAAUUGGCGCAGUCGUCAUCGGUUACAGGUCUUAUCGCUCCUGACAAUCUCAAACUGUUACCUCUUUAUAUUAUUGCCUUACUGAAAUGCGUGGCGUUCCGAUCAGGAAUGAACACGCGACUCGACGAUCGAGUUUAUGCAAUGUGCCAAUUAAAAACGCUCCCACUGUCACAUUUAAUCCAGACAAUAUAUCCGGAUUUGUAUCCGGUCCACGCACUCGACGACAAACACGCCAAAGACGUUGAGGGCAGAGUCUGUCCUCAGCCUCCCAGGCUGCACCUUUCCGCCGAGAAACUUGACUCGAGAGGAGUUUUCUUGCUCGAUACUGGAGACAAGAUUCUCAUUUACGUGGGAAAAAAUGUCAGUCCGACUUUCUGCUCCAAUGUAUUCGGUUUUCCAGCUUUUGCAUCGAUACCUGAAGAAAUGUAUGAGUUGCCAGAAUUAGCGACUCCGGAGUCUGAAAGACUUCACAAUUUUAUAUGGAGCCUCCAGGAAGAGAAGCCUUUUUACGCCACUCUUCAAAUUAUUAGGGACGACAGUCAUUUUAGAACUCAAUUCACCGAAAGACUGAUCGAGGAUCGUUUCGAAUCAGCUUUGAGUUACUACGAAUUCCUGCAGCACCUUAAGCCGCAAAUAAAAUAGUGACUCAUAACUCUUCUAAAUCGAAAAUUCAAAUCGUGACAAAAUCGUCGAAAGACAACAAUUAUUACCUCGUGACCCGAGUUUCAAACUGAACUAUAAAAUUAAAAUAAAAAGCCAGUGAGGAAAGAAAGAAAGAAAGUAAGAACUUUGCCAUAAAGCAUAAUAAAAAGCUGGACGUUAAACUUUAAAGCAUUUAAAGUAAUAUAAUGUAAUUAUUAUUGUUACUCUCGAGUGCGACAGCACUAAUAAUCUAUUCUCUGCGAUCGUUAUUUCUCUUGUUUUGUAUGUAGAAUAAACUAAAACUUGCGAGUCUGCACGAUUUGAAAAUUAUUCACUCUUUUCGUAUUAUUUCCAAAAAAUAUCGAUCUUGUGGCAAAUUAAAAAAAUAACCUAGUUCAACAUAACCUCAAACUUAAUGAGCAAUUCUAGAAAAAAAAUGACUGCUAUCAAUUUUUCCUGAAUUGCUGAAGAGAAAUCUGAUAGUUGUGUAUUAAAAAUUAGUUUUCGCGCAUUUUUUUAUAGCAGUUCUCAUUUUUUUUUAUUUAGCAUCAAGUUUGAGGUUAGGUUGGACCAGAAAAAAUCCUCAAGAAAUAUUCUUAAAGAUGAAGAAAAAAAAAUAUAUGGUGAAAAGUAUUAGAGUGAAUUAAAAGUGGAUUCGUUUUUUAUUUUGCCACAAAAGAGGAAUUUAUUUUGUAAAUUUAGCGUGCCGAGUUUGCAAGUGUUUGUUGAAGUAUGAUAUUAUUUCGUGCGCAAUUGUAAUAUAUUAAUCGAAGUAGUGAGUAAAAAUAAAUGAAUGAAACGAUCAAUAAAAGUGUCUUGCAUACAGAAAAUUGUAAUGCAAAUAAAAACUAUGUAUGUAUAUCGUAGAAAAGCGGAUGUUUAUAAUUAUAAAUAAACGAGACAUAACGUAAGUAGUGUAAUUAAUUAAUGAAAGUUAUAAAUUAAUUUGACGGCCGUGCAAGAAAAUGUUUCAUCGAGGAGAUUUCAUGAAUUUCUUGAGGUUGGGAUGGAGUGAGGAGUGAGUGUUUUGGAAUUUGUUGCAUCGGUCAGUCUCAUUUUCUUUGUUAUUUAAUUAUUUAUCGAGUUUUCUUGAGUUUGUAAGACUCAAUCGGGUAAUCAUGUACAUUAUAAUGCGCAAUAUACAAUAUGGGAUGAAUGAAUAUAUUAAA